AUGUAUCGGAAGUUGUCUAAGUUAGAACACUCGGAAAUAAAACAACUUCUAACAGAAGCUAACAUAGAAGUUGCAAAACAUUACGCGACAAACAAAAAAGCACUCGCUGACAUUCUCAAUGACUACAAUGGUGAAAUAACUUAUGAUAGAAUUCAUGAGUUCAUAAAUGCAAGAGCAUUUCCUUUAAAUGACGUUGCUAUUGACUUAUAUCAUAGACGUUCAAUACCUCAUGAAGUAAGGCGUGAGAUGUUUGACAUAACAAAUGCGAACGUUGGUCAUACUCGUAAAGCUCUUUCUCAUGAAGUAAGGCGUGAGAUGUUUGACAUAACAAAUGCAAACGUUGGUGAAACAAGAAGAAGAGACGACACACUGAAACAACAGAGAAGAGAGAUGUUUAAAAGUGCUAUAGAACAAGUUCGCAAAGCUAACGAUGUCAUUCGUUCCAUUGACGACAAACCAAAAGAAGGUGAGAGAUGGUUAAAGAAAGAUGAAGAGAAUAGGAAGAGGAAUGUUAAGACAGGCAAUAGACUCAUUGACUUUAACAUCGAAUCUUUAG